AUAAUACGACAAAUUUGGGCCUUUACUAUAGUGGAUUGUGUGGUUCGUGUUAUUAUAUUGGGAAAAUACGUAAAAAUUGGCAGAUACGAGUUCUUUUUACUUAUGUAUUUAAUAAACGCAUAGUUUAAUUAAAAAGUGCUAGCAUGUUUGGAGAAUUUCUAAGACAAUUUAAAUAUGAUCAUACUACAGAAGGAAAGGAGCCUUUUCAGAAGUUAUUGGCACUUGGGAAAUAUGGUUACAUAGGUGCUGUUGUAUCAGCUUCAUAUGAUCUUUGCGUUGCACGACCAACACCUAAUAGAAUAGAAGGUUUUAUUCGGGGUGGAAAACAUUUUCUAGUUUGGAUAGGUGCAACGUCAGCAUUUACUCUUGCUGUAUUGGCUUUAACUAAUAUCAGAAAAAAAGAUGAUCCAUGGAAUUACUUUUAUGGCACACUUGCUGCUGGCGGUGUCGUUUAUUCUCUUAUUCCCAAAGGCGGUACUGUAGGUCUGAUAACUGGAUAUGCAGCUUUGGGAGCAGCUCUUUAUAAAUAUCAGCUUUUACAAGGUUAUAAACCAGAAAAGUUGAAGUAUGUACAUACAUCUAUGGCUUUCAAUUUUGACAAAUCGCCUGAUGUAAGAUAUACAAAACCAGAUUAUUCUUUUUAUGUAAAAUGAAACUUUACUGAGUUGUUUAGUUAUACAAUAAUAUCAUUUUACUAGCCUAUAAGGUUAGUUUUAAAUAAUAUAUUUGAAGUAGUAAAAUGUAAUUUCUCCAAGCGUUUCUCCAAACUUGUAUACAGUAAGAGAACAUAAUAAAAUAUCAAUAAUGAGUUGUCAGUUCAA